CACAGAUCAGUUUUCUAUUCCCUCCCUGUGCUGUCCCAAAUGAGACAUGUAUUUCUCUCAUGAGACUGGUAAACUACUUGCUCUUGGAGGGUCUUUGAAAAAGUUGUAUGAAUUUCAGUGACAUGUUGAAAAGGUAUUUUUCACCUAUCUGUUCUAGAGCUAACCAAAUGCUGCUUUUUGCUCUUACAUGAAUAAUUAUCUGUAUAUUAUACUGAGAUUUUAUUUUGGUUAAACUGUUGAAGUGUACAAAAAGUAUUCUUAUGUUUGUCCAUUUAAAUUAAAAUGAGGUGAUCUUUGGGUGAUUCUUUUGUUAUUGCAGAUAGUAGGGAAUGGAUGAAAUCUUUUUUAGAGAACAAGAUGAAUGGAGAUGAGGAAAUCAUCAGCAUCAUUGAUCCAAAUUGGAUAUUUUAAAAAUUAGUUGUCCUUCUAUAAUAAAAAAUACACAACCUUUUUACAACCUUUAACUGCAUCUCAGUCAAUAGCAAUGAAUGUAAUAGGUUAGGAAAAUUGGUUUGGUCUUCCAAAGCCAUGUUCUCUGUCCAGUGCUGUCCCAGCACCUGCAGUCCUCCCCAAUGGAAUCCAGUGCAACUCCUUUCCUUGUAUGCCAUGCCUGUUAGCUGGGCAGCUGUGGAAGUGAAGGGAGAAGAAAUAAUGCAUCUGAAAUUUCACAGAAAUUCCAGUAUAGCUACCAGUAUCCCUGCAAAUGAAUAAAUCAUAACAAAUCCUAAUGAGCUGUGGAGCAGGAAAAAUAUAUCUAAGCUUUUCCAGGAGGAAUGAACUGGACACCCUGAUCAAAGUACACAAUCACUUGAUUGGUACAAGCUGAUCAUGGGGAUCCAAGCACAAGUACAGAAAACAAGGAAGAGAGAGAUCUAGUUAAUAAGUAAUUCCUCACCAUAAUGCAAGUUUGAACAACGAGUACAGUCUCCCAACAAUAAAGACAGCAUCUCAGUUGAAACACUCUCCAGCACAAGGAUAUUACUCCUUUCUCUCACCAAGAAGAAAAUGAAAAACAAGACAAGUGUUCUUUCCAGAGAAGGAGAAGCCCAACCUUCCAGAUGUCCAGAUAACAGUGCAUUCAAACAGCAGAGGCUGCCAGCUUGGAAGCCCCAGCUCACCAUUGCAUCUGUGCUCUCCUGCUUCUUUCUGACAGGGGCAUUCUGCCUCACUGUGGGAGUCUGCCUUGUCCUGUCUGCAAACAGCGUCAGAGAAAUACAGAUAGAUUAUUCAGAUAAAUGCUCAGAUUGUUCAAAGCUCCGUGAAAAUUCCUCUAACUGGAAUAAGGAAUGCCACUGUUCUAUUAAUUUCACACUAAAAGAAGAUAUAUUGGGUGAUGUUUUUAUGUACUAUGGUCUGCAAAACUUCUAUCAAAACCACCGUCGAUAUGUGAUAUCAAGAAGUGACGCGCAGCUGUUGGGCCGAAAUGUAAAUAUCCAGAGGAGCAACUGCGCGCCCUUCAGCACCUACAGGAACGGGACCCCGAUGGCGCCGUGCGGGGCCAUUGCCAACAGCAUGUUCAACGAUACUAUUGAUCUGUUUUACAAUAUUAAUUCAUCUAUGAUUCAAGUGCCACUGCUGAAGACUGGAAACAGUUGGUGGACAGAUAAAAAUGUGAAAUUUCGCAAUCCUGAAUCAUACAAUCUCUCUUCUGCAUUUGCAGGCACAGCCAGACCUCCUUACUGGCAGAAGCCAGUGUAUCUGCUAGACGAGGAAGAUGAGAGGAACAAUGGUUACGUGAACGACGACUUCAUCAUCUGGAUGCGCGUGUCGGCCUUCGCGACGUUCCGGAAUCUCUACCGGCGCGUCCUACGCGUUCGGCGCUUCGCAGAGGGCCUGCCCGCGGGGAAUUACACCUUCCAGAUUUCCUACAAUUUCCCUGUUACCAGAUUCAAGGGGAGGAAGCACGUGAUUCUUUCAACCGUGGUGUGGAGCGGUGGAAGUAACCCAUUCCUGGGAAUUGCCUACCUGGUUUCUGGCACAGCAGCAACCCUGGCAGGUUUUGUUAUAACUGGCAUCCACUUAAAGCUCAGGAAAAAGAAAACAUACUUUCAGAAGCAAUAAGGUUCAUCUUUCUGAAAGAGACAGAAGUGUGCAGUGAACAAAGAAGGUGGAGCACAGACCUUUCAGUCUUUCUCCUGAGCUCUGGACCAUUUUCAGUGUCAGGUUUGGUGAAUGUAAGCAAACUGAGGGGCAGGGCUAGUCCAUCAUCUGAAACCAAACUUACCUGAGGUGCCAUUCUCAUUAAUGUACGUGUGAGCCUACAUUUGUUUCCUAGGAAACUUGUAGUGAGAUGAGCUUCAAACAGCAGAUAGCACAGCAGAGUAGAAUUGCAAUGGCAAAGAAAAUAUGUGGUACCAAUGUCUGGCCAGAAGUCAGGUCCAUAUUAAUUUCUUACUCAGCCCAUAAUUCAGACAACAUUUCUCUUAACUGGAAUGGAACUUUGGAUGGGUAAAAAUUGAAGUCUUGAUCCAACAGAAAGCUUGAGUAGGUAGAACUUACUGAAAAAAUCUGCUUCUGGACCACCUACAUGUGCUUAAUGGCUUGGCUUGGGUUUUAUAUACCAACCAGUUUAUACCAGUGCAUUCACUCCAGUUUGACACCUGAUUUGUGGUUGAUUACAGGGCAUUUAUCAGGAGUUCAGAGUUUGUUUAGACCAAUUUUUUUUUAAUUUAUCUAGCAGCUGAGAGCUGGAGGGCAUCCAAUCAUUUAUUUGCAUAUUUUUUAAUUAUGGUUCAAUAAAAAUCCUAAAUUAAAAGCUCCUUUAAUGCAAAAUAUUUUAGCAGAACCAUCUACCUAAUUUAACUAUUAGGCCAAAAUUGCACUCCUACCUAUCCUGUGUGAAAGUUCACAAGUUCUUACAGGACACUAAAUGGUAAUUUAUUGUCAAUAAAAAGCAAAGCACCAGAAAAUCCAUCAAUUAAUUUAAAGUGAACACUGCAGUUCAUGAACAGGUUCAUAAAUUUUUAUGUUUCAUGUUCAGAAUUUUACACAUAUAGGACUUAUUUCCAGUCUCACAAAAUGAAGGAACAGCACUGAAGAAUUUAGGUCAAGCAUACCUUGGUAGGUGUGAAUUUUUUAAAAUAGUUUUUCUGUUGUAAAAGUGCAAGUGGAAUAAAACACUCUCAAUUACUUUCAUAAGUAUUUUGUGUGCCUUGCCUCUCUCCUAAAAAGCUUUCUCACUAGAACAACAAAGAAAUCA